AUGGGCAGACUGGCGCUCCUCCGCUUCGGGGACUUCUUAAACGCCGAUUACGCCGAUCAGGCACUUUUGUCUGUUGGGAUCCAUCCAGGCGGUGUACCCACGGAAUUGGCGAAGGGAAUGCCGGAGGGCAUGCAUAGUGUGUUGAUUGACGAGCCGGGACUGGCGGGUGAUACGAUUGUCUGGCUCACUGCGCAACGACGAGAUUGGCUGGCUGGACGGUAUGUGUCUGUGGCGUGGGAUAUGGAGGAAUUGGAGGGGAAGAGGAGCAAGAUUGAGGGAGAGGACUUGUUGAAGGUUACGUUAGAUGUUGGUAUGGAUUGA